AUGGCAGACAGGCAGAAGCACCUCUCUGCACCCGUGUCGCCAGCACACAGCCGACGCCCGUCCCGUCUCGAUCUUAGCAGCAGCAACGAGCACCCAGACGAACGAUCACCCUUGUUGCAACGGUCGCGAUCCCACAUUCGCAUACACAACAGCCAUGAUACAUCAAACCUCAAGACUCCUGGGCUCUCGAGGAGAAACAGUGGACAUGAUGCUCACCGUCUCAAGGCAUUACGCAGCCGUAAAGACUUUCGUGGCCGCGUUCAUGCCUUCUUCGACGCGUCCCAGGGCUGGCUCCUCAGCUUUGUGUGUGGAGUCAUUAUCGCCCUCAUCGCCUAUACCAUCACAGUUUGCGAAACUACCUUGUUCGACUGGAAAGAUGGGUAUUGCACCAGAGCUUGGUACAACAAUGAAAAGAAAUGCUGCCCUACAGGUAGCUGUGACGACUGGCGCCUGUGGUCCGAAGUCCUCGAAUCAAAUCCCGUCGGGGGCGUGACCGAAUAUGUGGUUUACUUCAUUUUGGUCAUUGCGUUAGCAUGCACGGCAUGCGCUCUGACAUUGACCACAAAAACCGUUGUCCCUUCCGCAUAUAGGAUGACAACAUUCGACGAGAACCUCGCUGCUGAGCUUCUUCCUGCGCUUUCCGACGACGAGAACCAGAGCGACGAGAACAUCAGCCCCUCGCAGCCGGUUGAGGAACCAGGGGCGCCACCCAUGAUCUACUACUCGGCCGCGGGCAGCGGCGUGGCCGAAGUCCGCGUGAUCUUGAGUGGCUUUGUCUUGCACGGUUUCCUCGGUCUCCGAACUUUGGUCAUCAAAUCUGUGGCUUUGGUUCUCAGCGUCGGUUCCGGUCUCAGUCUCGGAAAAGAAGGCCCCUACGUCCACAUUGCUACGUGUGUGGGCAACAUUGCCUGCCGCAUGUUCUCCAAGUACGAUUCGAACGAUGCGAAGCGUCGAGAGAUUCUAUCAGCCACGGCGGCCGCCGGCGUAGCUGUCGCCUUUGGUGCACCCCUCGGCGGUGUGCUCUUUGGCCUCGAGGAAGUGUCCUACUUCUUUCCAGCCAAGACGCUCUUCAGGACCUUCUUUUGCUGCAUGGUCGCUGCCCUGACACUCAAGUUCCUGAAUCCCUACGGCACGCAGAAGAUUGUCCUGUUCCAGGUGCGCUACAUCAUCGACUGGGCUUAUUUUGAGUUGGCCACGUUCGUCGUAGUCGGUAUGCUGGGCGGUGCCGCCGGCGCGCUCUUCAUCAAAGCAUCCAAACACUGGGCCCAGAGCUUCAGGCGCAUCAAGGUCAUCAAGGCGUACCCGAUGCUGGAAGUGCUGUUGGUGGCCAUCGCAACCGCUCUUCUCAGUUACUGGAACGUCUUCACGAGACUCCCUGUCGCUAAACUCCUUCUCAACCUUGCAUCGCCUUGUAACGACAAGGAUACAGACCGGGACGACCUCGGCUUGUGCCCUUCGGAAAUUAGCGAGAUCCCUCCCAUCCUUAUGAGCUUGCUCGUUGCAUUCCUCAUCAAGGGUCUGCUCACCACUGUCACCUUUGGCAUUAAAGUACCUGCGGGAAUCUACGUCCCAUCCAUGGUGGUGGGAGGUCUCAUGGGCCGUAUGGUAGGCCACAUUGUGCAAUGGACCGUCAUGCGGUUCCCCCACUUUGGGCUCUGGAGCGACUGUGCAGCGACUGUGCCAGGCACCUGCAUCCAGCCCGGUGCUUACGGCUUGAUCGCGGCCGGUUCCACCAUGUGCGGCGUGACUCGGCUGUCAGUAACUCUGGCCGUCAUCUUGUUCGAGCUCACCGGAAGCCUGGACUAUGUCUUGCCGUUCUCGCUGGCCAUUCUCGUGGCAAAGUGGACGGCGGACGCCAUCGAGCCUGAAAGCAUAUACGAUCUCUUGACAAACAUGAACUCGUACCCAUUCCUGGACAACAAGCACAAGCCCACGUUCACGUCGGAUCUGGCCGACAUUGUGCCCCGAGUGCGUCGGGAGCGUGUCAUCAACGUGACGAGCUCGCCCUUGGUGCCGGCCACUAGUCUCCGGACGAAGCUGGAAAUUCUGCACCGCGCAGGCGAGUUGGACGGCGGUCUGCCGAUUAUUCGUGACGACGUGCUGGUGGGGCUCAUCCCGGCGCCGGACCUCGAGUACGCCCUCGAUAACCUCGAGGACGAAGAGAGCACGCUGUGUCUCAUGGCGCACGCGAGGCCGCACGGCGACUCGAUUGAGGAUUCAGGAGGUGAGGAAGACGUGGACCCGACCGAUUUGACACCGUUCAUCGAUGCGGCGCCCGUGGCGCUCGAUAUUCGGUCGCCGAUGGACCUGGUCUACGAGUGCUUCGUCAAGCUCGGACUGCGCUAUAUCUGCGUGCUGCGCGACGGGCGGUACGCGGGUUUGGUGCACAAGAAGAGCUUUGUGAAGUACAUACGGGAGCUCGAGGAGAAGGAGAGGCACGGUGGCUGA